CCUGGACUUUACCAGUGAAGAAAAUAUAUGGAGUUAUUUUUUCGGUGCAGUGGCUCCAGUAAUGUGCCGCUUGUGCUUUGACCAAGUUGUUGCACAGAGGUUGCUGGCAUCCAGAACACUCAAAGAUGCCCAAAGGAAUGCGAUCACCAGUUCAGCCCUUUUUUCUUUGGUUUAUGUAAUAAUCUUUGCAAUGGGCAUGGCGCUGACAAUAUGGUUUCGAGGUUGCGAUCCAGUGUCACUGGGCGCGGUUAAUCGCAUUGACCAAAUUGUGCCGUACUACCUUACCACUCAUCUUGUGCAAGUUCCUGGACUUGUUGGCAUUUUUCUCGCGGGUGUCGUCUGCGCUGCAACCAGCACGACAUCGUCCACGAUUAAUUCGCAAGCAGCUAUUCUCUACGUGGAUGUGAUUGCACCUCGGUGGAAGGAUUCGACACGUCACGUACUCUUGAUUACACGCUGCACGGCACUGGGUUUAGGCAUAACCAUGACAGUGUACAGUAUGCUGUGCGCAUAUAUGGGAUCAUUGAGCAGGGUAUUUCUGAUGAUGUACACAUGCCUAACUUCGCCUUACGUAGGAUUAUGUCUACUGGCCGUGCUAUUUCCUUUUGUCCACUCCAAGGGUGCAGGCGUAGGCACGAUUAUGACGGCCAUCUUCCAGUUAUGGCACAUUUCAAACACGAUACAGAAAGGCAUCACACCACCCAGGAUGCCAGUUUCCUUGGAUUACUGCCCCGCAAAUGUUACAUUGCAUACAUCAACGUCGAAGACAUUCAACAUAAGCACGUCCUUCGAGGCUCCAAGAUCCCAAGAGUCGUUUUUCUUGUUGCGGAUGUCAUACCAUUGGAACAGCUUCUUCGGCGUUUUUAUAACAAUUGCCAUUGGUGUAUUGGUUAGCGCCUUGACAGGAGAAAUGUGGAAUAAAAAGGAGCAGCCGGAGUUAUGCAGUGAUUUGCUUGUCAAAAUAUGGCGGAAACGAACGCACCUCCGUGAUGGAUCGCAACUCGAGGAAAGGAAGACAUCGAAGAUCGAUGAGCACAAUUCUAACACAGAAGCUCUGGACCUCCUGAUGGUUAAAACAGAGAGCCAUGUAUAGGUAAAAUUAUUUACGUUAGAGAAGCUCUUUGAAAGAGAAAUAAAAAUAAAUGUGUUAAUU